AUGUGGCUGGUGGAUGUCCUCCGGGACACACUGCAGCGACAGUGCACGGUGAUGCGUGAACCCGUGUCAGUGGAGGAACGUGUCGCGGUUGGUGUGUGGUGGAUGGCCAACAUCAUGUCCUACAGAACCAUUGGCCAGCUGUUCGGUCUCGCACGGUCCACCGUUGCUGGCAUCGCGAUGGAGGUGACACGGGCAAUCUCAGAGCAACUCCACCACAGACUGGUGGCCCUUCGGAACCCAGAUAGGGUAAUGAGGGCCUUCGCCGCCAAGGGCUUUCCACAGUGCGUUGGCGCAAUGGACGGUUGCCACAUCCGUGUGCGAGUACCUGUCCCCCUGGCCCACCUCUACAUGAACCGCAAGAACUACACCUCAGUACUCCUGCAGGGCACCGUGGACAAUGUUGGUCGGUUCGUGGACAUUGUGGUCGGCCAAAGCGGCCAAAGUCAUGAUGCACACGUCCUUAUGCGGUCAAACAUCAUGGCCAGAAUGGAAGCGGGAGUCUAUGUGCCUGGUAACCCCACCCGCACAUUCGAGGGGGUCCCGGUGCCACCACUCAUAGUGGCGGAUGCAGCAUACCCCCUGCGACGCUGGCUCAUCCCUCCCUACAAAGGCCACCUCAAUGCACAGCAGGCACACUUCAACAAGGUGCAGGGUCGUGUGAGGAAUGUGGUUGAGCGUGCCUUCGGCCGCCUGAAGGCACGGUGGCGGUGCCUGCUACUAGAGUUGCCGGUGGAGCUGAGGAAUGUCAGUCCAGUCGUCGCAGCCUGUUGCAUCCUGCACAAUUUGUGUGAGGACCGCGGCCAUGCAGUGCCAGAAGUGUGUACCGAACAGGAACUCCGGGCACUUGCAGAAGCAGAGUUGGCCCCCCUUGAACCGGACCCGCGGACAGCAGACGCCGCAGGCGAGCGGGUGCGCGAGGCCCUGAAGACAUGGCUGUGGAGGAGAGCCAGGAGACCCUAG